AUGAUUGAUAGACCAGGUUAUGGCUUAACGAUGCGUUUGUGGAGACUUAUGUAAAACAUUAGUGACCAGCAAUCCCCUGAAUUAAAUGAUACUUGAGUACGGCUUUUCAUCCUGCAUAUGCAAAUUAAAGGAUGAUGAGAUCGAAUCUAGCCAUAACCUUUUUCCACAUGUCGUCUAUUCAAUGCUCUGGCAAAUAUCAAAGUGUAAGUCAAAGCGUAUCGCCGAAUGGUCUUCAAAACAGAGGCAACAAGGCAUUAAAAUUCAGUCGACAAGUUAAUUUGACUUGUUCACCAGCCAUUGUAACAAUAAUAUCUUUGCUUGAUAACUUUAUGCUCGAAACUUGUUGCUGACCAAGUUGAAUUUUUUGACAGCUAGUAUUCAUUAUGCGAUGCGUCUAAUCUAAAUCGCUUCUAUAUCGACGUCAACUCCAUCGUUCCAAUCAAUAAAACCACCAUUGUCCUGCAGAUAUCUAUGCUCCUUUAGAUUUGUGCUCGUUUAGAUCAGCAUAACAACUCAAAUUACUAAAACGCCAUCGCUUUUGUAAUUAGAAUUGAUCUUUCCACACUCGGCAAUUAAAAUUAGCCAAAGCAAAUCCACAGCCAUCUCUGUAUUCAAUUUUCAUUAGGACGGCGAUCCCCAGCAAGCAACUCUGCGCCGGAUUGGCCUAGUGAAUCUGUAAAGUAUAAGCACUUAAGCUGUUGAAGCCACCGAUCGACUAUUCGGAGGACUCAAAACAUGGCUUGAAUCGCAAAACAUCUUAGAUAUCGAUUUCGACGGAUGAUUGCCACAAACUUCACUAAAAAUCAACAAAAUGCUCAGUCACGAUAAGUCUAGUCGGUAACAAAUUUUAUUACGUGGAAAUUCUACUGUUGUAUCAAUUGCAUAAUACAUGGAAGCUACAACACUGACGUAUAGCAUAAUCGUGUUGUCUUCAGUCUCUACAAAAAGGUAGUGUACACUUGUUGUUCGAGCUUAGCGCGAUAGAGGUUGCAGCUAUUUAGUUAAUCGUCGAGUACUGACAUAGAGCUGAUUGGACUAAUACUCAAAAUAGUGACUUGAUAGUAAAUUAGUCCAUUGAUAAAUAUGAG